UCUAGGAUUCCCGAGCCAUCCAGCUGUGUGAGCCCAGGGUGUUGUUACAUCUGAGAGUGAGGGCUGGCCGGUUAGCAACAGAACAAGAGCCCUCUGGGGCGUCUGGCAGAGGCCCGAAGCUGGAACCAUCAGGGAAUAUGAGUGAAUUUUGGCACAAACUGGGCUGCUGCGUGGUUGAGAAGCCUCAGCCGAAGAAGAGGAGAAGACGGAUUGACCGCACCAUGAUCGGGGAACCCAUGAAUUUUGUCCAUUUGACUCACAUCGGCUCCGGAGAGAUGGGAGCUGGAGAUGGACUUGCCAUGACAGGUGCAGUUCAGGAGCAGAUGAGAUCCAAGGGGAACCGAGACAGACCAUGGAGCAAUUCUAGGGCCUUGUAGCUCCCAUGGGACUGGCUCUGCAGUCUUGGAGUUCCCGUUCCAUGUCCAGCCCAGAAGAAAUGCCACCCUCACCAGAUCCCUUCUACAACCAGUGACCCAAGGCUCCUUCCUCCCCUCUUCCUAACAAGUGCCUCAAAAGGCAUGGGGGCUGGACUCCCUCCACUCCCUCUGGCCUCUGCCCCUCCUGGAGAUGGGGUCAAGGCAGCAGGACUGACCAAGUGACUACUGGUGGGCCAGAGGAGCUCAGCUGAAGCUCUGGGCACCCUAGAUCUGAGCUGGGGGUUCUCUGGGAACCUGGAAUGAGUUCCCUACUCCUGAAUGAAGGUCGGGUGCCACCUGUUUAAACUUCUUGCCUUUACUCUUUAACGGAGGCAGGUAGGUGAGGGGACCGCAGCUGCCCCCCUGCCCUCUUUCCUUCUGGAAUGAGCAAUGCAGUGGUCAGGGGGCGGGGUUGCCACUGCCCAGUCCACGCUGGAUUUUAGACCGUAAGCUCACAGCCCUCCAUGUCUCUCUGCCGGCCGGCACCAGGGUCUUGCUCCAGUUAGACCUCUAAUCCCAUGCUUCUGUAGUAUUAAUAGCUUCCCAGAAAUAUUCUUUUUUUAAUUAAUUAAAAAUUUAAUUUAAGAUGAGUUCUUUUAAUUACCCCCAUCCUGCUGCUAUCUCUCCUUGUCCUGUCCUGUCCCUUUUAGGAUCCUUGUUUUUCCCAUUGAAGAAGAGGUGAGGAAUGGAUCCUAAUUUGACCACAUUCCAUUUAAGACCUGAGAAUCCUGGCCUGCCCUCUGUUAGCCUCCCUGCUGGCCAGGUAAAGGAAGAGGAGGGUUCUGUGUCAAAGCCAGGAUGUAGCAAAAUGAGCUGUAUCUCAGGGUGGACUUCCUGUUAGGAAUAUGACAGUGGUGAGGGAAAUAGGUUGAGAGGACUCUUCGAGCACAGGUCUUAAGAUCCUUUAUGGAAGGAAGCCUAGCUUUUCAGCUCCAACAGUUUGGACAGUUUGGGCCGUGUCAUUCUUUGUAAUGGAGGGCUAUUCUGCAUGCUAUAAACUAUAGCACCUCUGGCCCACCCUAAUGUGGCAACCAAAAUGCCCCCGGAAAUUGCCAAAUGUCUCCUAGGGACAAAAUUACCCACAGUUGAGAACUGCAGCUUGAGAGCCAAGGUAUGUUGUUUCUUAAGUGAUUUCCACAUCCCCCACCCCCGCCCCCCAAGUCUGGUUAUUCAGCCAUGGCUGAGCUAGAACCCUCACAGAACAGGCUCAGCGGAGCUGCGCAUCUUCUUUGAACGUAGUGCUUGUGCUUGCAUGGGCUCAGGUCUCUGUGACAGACAUGUACGAUGUGUCUCUGUUUUUUGAUCUCUGCAAGAGGGCCUCCCACAGUUCAGAGACAGGAACAGGGUAUGCUGGGAUAGGAGAAGAGGGCUCAGAAGCCAGCCGU